UUACUGAGGAAAAUAGAGGCGCCUGUUCAGUCCACAAUCGCGCAUAGGGAAAUGUGCGCAUUCUGUACUUUGUGUACCUACAAGGUGCGGGCCGACACAUUUAUGGAAAAGUAGUUGUCUCCUAUUUACAAACACAGUGAAUACAAGAGGAGGUCUCCUGGCCAGGGAGGUUUUUUGCUGUGCCUUAUAGCCUCUUGGACCAUGAUGGAGCGACGAAGAGCCUUAACUAUUCCAUUUACUGUUGACAAAGAUAAGCUGGAGGAACACCCAUUCAGAAUCCCCAUGACAUAUCUUUCAUCAGACUGUAGGAAGUUAGAAGGACAGGUUUCCUGGACGGCGUUUGCUGGAUGCAAAUUGAGAUCUUGUAAUUCGACGCAUAAAAAUGGAUCCAUGACGUUUGAUCAAAACCACAUGACCAUGAUCGCUUUGGGAGCAGCCAGGAGGAAAGCUCGUGUGGUACUAAAAGAUGUCUUAAAGACAGAGCUGGGAAAGGAUCAUUUGGAAAGGAUCAAAAAGAGUAACACCAUGAGAAGUAGGGAACAGCUCGCAAGUCCACAGAAAGACAGUGGUUGGUGCAAAGAGGAGCCUCUGACCUGCAGUGACACGUGGCACAGUGUGAGGGAAACCAGGAAUAUGAGCAAAUCUGUAACUCCUACAAGCAACCAGAGGACUACCCAAACUCCUACAAGCAACCAGAAGACUACCCAAACUCCUACAAGCAACCAGAAGCCUACCCAAACUCCUACAAGCAACCAGAAGACUACCCAAACUCCUACAAGCAACCAGAGGACUACCCAAACUCCUACAAGCAACCAGAAGACUACCCAAACUCCUACAAGCAACCAGAAGACUACCCAAACUCCUACAAGCAACCAGAAGGCUACCACAAUUCCUGAAAGCAACCAGAAGACUACCCAAAUUCCUACAAGCAACCAGAAGACUACCACAACUUCUAAAAGCAACCAGAAGACUACCACAAUUCCUGAAAGCAACCAGAAGACUACCACAACUCCUAAAAGCAACCAGAAGGCUAUCACAACUCCUAAAAGCAACCAGAAGACUACCACAAUUCCUGAAAGCAACCAGAAGACUACCACAAUUCCUGAAAGCAACCAGAAGACUGCCCAAAUUCCUACAAGCAACCAGAAGACUACCCAAACUCGUACAAGCAACCAGAAGGCUAUCACAACUCCUAAAAGAAACCAGAAGGCUAUCACAACUCCUAAAAGCAACCAGAAGGCUAUCACAACUCCUAAAAGCAACCAGAAGGCUAUCACAACUCCUAAAAGAAACCAGAAGGCUAUCACAACUCCUAAAAGAAACCAGAAGGCUAUCACAACUCCUAAAAGAAACCAGAAGGCUAUCACAACUCCUAAAAGCAACCAGAAGACUACCCCAUCCUCCUCCUCUCAAAGGUCAAAACUCAGGAGAAGAACAAAAGAUGCAGAUGUUGAGGAGGCGAAAGAAGAAAACCAAGAUAUUGAGGAUGUGAUAACAGGAAAAAACUGUGAAGGAGAAAAGUUUGCUGAGGUUGUAGGCUGUGGAUUGUCAUUGAGCCGGGAGCCCUCUGAGGAUGGAGCCGACAGUGAUUUCUCCCCAGACGGCAUCAAGGUCAGGUUGACUGAUCCUGACGCUGACAAAGAUGUACAAUGCAUUUUGAGUCGUAAAAGAAGGAACUUGGUGUCCCAGUUUAAUGGAGAAAGCACUCCAAAACGCAGCCGUAAGGGUGUUCAUCACCUCCCUGCAGACACAGGAGAUGAAGAACCAGACCCUACACCUGACAGUGAGGAGGAAAUGGAGGAAGAUGUAGAUAUUGAGAAUCUGGACCGAUGCAUUGUACAAUUCACAGUCGGGGAGGAUGAUAGGAUGGAAGCUCUGGUUCCACUCAUCACUCCCACUUUAGAAGAUGGAGACAUUAUUAGCAACAAGAGACAAAGCUUAUUAUCCAGCCAGGACAGUACUCACACCAGCCCCUCUGAACCAAUUGUGCUUUCUAGUGAUGAUGAGGAGAGUGGUGGCAACACACAGCGCCGCAGCCAAGGGGCCCACAAGCUGGCCACAGUGCAGGACAUUGUAAAACAAAGCAAGACGUCAAAGGAGGCUGUUCCCGGACAGCAAGGCGCUUCUGAUACACAAGAAAUGGAGGUCGUAGUUGACGGGGCUUCGUGUUCUGGGCUACCCUCUCCUGUCUCCGUUGUGGAGUACAACUGCUGGAGUGUGGGCUUCCACACUCUGCACUGUGGAGGUUUCAAAGGGAAAGCAAACGGAGGCCUCGUGAUGGCAAAAGAGCGAAUUAUAAUCCCACUUAAAGACACAAGUAAGCAGAAGGACGUAGUGUUAACUUUAGAGCGCAAAGAGCUCAGGCGGUACAGCGUUUGGGACCAAGAGGAGCUGGAGGCGCGGGGGAUUUGCUUUGAGGGAAACGAAGAGCCUUUUCCCGCUGGUGUCUUGCUGUUUUGUGUGUCAGAAACUGCAGCAGCCUCUAUCCAGCAGGACCUUCAUCCUCUCUGCGUUGAAGAAGAUGAGGGCAUAAAUACUGGGAAAAGUAGCCCCUUUGUCCUGCUGACUCUCCGAGAUCCUCUGGUGGGAAUGGAGGGAGCUUUACUCCGCUCUGUCCUUGAUAUGGACUGCCUCAGCAGUCUGGAACAGCAAACAACUGCAGCCCAUGAAGAAGAUGGAUUUUAUAGUAGUCUCAGCCUCAAUUCUCCUAUUCUUUCUCUGGAUGAUAGCUUAGAGCUGAUAAAAAAAAGUGGGCUGGACCCGCACUUGGUCUUGAUGCUGGGUUUGAAGAGCCCUGAUGCAGAAGUGUGUGCAGACCAGGAGAGUUCACAUUCAGAUCCAGAUGAAAUCCCUGCAUGCCACAUCUGGCUGGAUAAUGACUUGCAGAAAGAGCCAGCACAGGAGCUGGAGACGGCGCCAGAAGAAAACACGGAGACACAACCUGAACCAGAGGCAGAUCAAAAAGAGGAAGAGCCCACUGAGCAGCCUGAUCAACAAAAGGAGGAAGCCAUGCCUGUAUACACACUUUGCCGUCGCAGAACCAGAGGGUCCUACUCUGUGUCACUGAAAAAACCAAGCUCCAACUGGAUUAAAUAUAAGCAUAAGGGUCUACCCCACAGGUUGAUCCUGUUUCCUCCACCACCAUUAAAAGGAGGAAUAACUGUUACAAUGGAAGACCUUCAGUGCCUCGACAGUGGGCAGUAUCUCAAUGAUGUCAUCAUUGAUUUUUACCUAAAAUACCUUCUCCAGAAUGCAUCUGCUGCUGUGGCUGAGCGCUCCCACAUCUUCAGCAGCUUUUUUUACAAGCAGCUGACGCGCCGGGACAACGCAAGUGAAGGUGGCAACAGUGACUUCUGUCAGAGGCAGAGGCGGCAUCAGCGAGUGAAGACGUGGACACGACAUGUGGACAUCUUCAAAAAAGACUUUUUGUUUGUGCCUGUCAAUCAGGAAGCUCACUGGUAUUUAGUUGUCAUUUGCUUUCCUGGCUCGGAUGAGCCUGUUUCUGAGGACUGGAUGGGAGACGAUGAGGCCCAAGGAUGUAACGGCUCUAAAGAUGUUACAGAGCCACUACCGACAUUAAAAUGCAGUAACAGCAUAGACACGAAAACAGAAAAUACUCAAGAAGAAUCAACCAAAGAUCCAGCACCUUGUCCAGUAAGCUGCACAGAGGGGACAUGCCAGAGGAAGACUGUUUGCAAGAGGCCGUGUAUUCUCAUCAUGGAUUCCCUCAAACUUUCACUUCACGAGCGUGUCUUCAAACUCCUACGGGAGUACUUGCAGUCAGAGUGGGAAGUCCGUCGUGGAUCAACAAGGGACUUUGGUCCCGAUCAGAUGAAAAGCUCACACUGCCAAGUCCCCCUUCAGGACAACAGCAGCGACUGUGGCCUUUACCUACUUCAAUAUGUUGAGUGUUUUUUAAAAGACCCUGUGGUACACUUUGACCUCCCUCUACAAUUACGACAGUGGUUCCCACGGCAGCAGGUUCGGAGGAAACGAGAUGAGAUCAGAGAUCUGAUACUUAACCUUUACCGACAUCAGAAGAUGGAUAAGGAACACAAAAAGCAGCUCUCCUGCUGAGCCCAUUGCAUUCCUGUAGACUUUUUACAUCACUGCUCAUACUGAGCAUUCAGUCAUUUCAGUUUGAACUGAAACUAGUUCCUUUACAUUAGAGUGUUAGUUAGUCUUCAGCUCACACACAACACAUGAGUGUUCAAGUGUGUGGCCCCAGCGAGUGAGUGUGAAUGCUAUCAUAAAACUAAAGGUAUCUGUCCAUCCAAACAAAAUGACUUACAGUAUCUAGACAUUAAAAGGUUUGUACACCCCAAAACUUUUUACUGUUUGUUUUUAUGUUUAUUAGGUAUUUUAUAAAGAUGAAUAUUUGUAUUUAAUUUUCUAUUUCUCAGUUACAAAUAGAACCACCCAUUGGUUUGAUUUACAAGUGAAUCAGUGGUAAAACCUUGUUUGCAAAGGAGAAAUAAAAAAAAAAGUUUUUGCAAAGUUUUUUCUACAUUUGUCAGACAUUUAAUGCAAUUUGUGACCAGUAGUUUGGUUCAGUUCUCAAACACAGCUUGUGUGAUCAAAGUUGUUAGAUGCUUUUGUCAGAACAUAUUUACAUGUUAUUUAUCUGUGACUGCACUGCAAUCUAUUACAGACCCAAAAUUAAUACAGGGAUACUGAUGUUUGCUGAGUAACUAUUGAUUGUGCGAGCUGUCAUAUAAAAUAUUCUAAAUCAGUAAUUUGGAAAUUUUCUUUACACUAUGUGGCCACCUGUUUGUCCUAAUAUGACAAUUUAUGUUACCUUCAUUAUGUGCGCAGCAGAAUAAGAGGAAACAUUUUAGUAUAAAUUGCUGGACAGUUUGUUGUCCCUCAUAUGGCGUAAAGCAGGAAAAAAUUUGACAAUUCAAAGUAAGUCGGCAUCUUUUUUUAAAAUUUUUUUUUAAUCUUUCUAUUUUUAACACUUAUAAAAGAAAAAAUAAGAAUUUUUUUUUUUUUUAAUUUAAACACUUUGCAAAAGGUUUAGGGGUGCGCUCACUCUGGCAUGUGUUACAAUAUGCUUCCAGAUAAAAGCUGAAGACAUGUCAUCAUCUCACACACUUCAAUCCGCUACCAUGCAAAUCCCCGCACUGUCUGACUCAGUUGAGAUGGAUCUCGAUAUAAUGUACUUUUUCUUUUGCAUUUUGUUCAGAUGUAUGUUUCUUUUAUGCAUUAAAUUACCCCCAAAUUUUGUAGAGUUUGUGUUGGAUGAAAGUCAAAUAGCUGAUUCAAAAAUGCAUUUGGCUUCAAGUAUAUAUUAAAAUU